GCCGCAAAGCGCGGAAGGUCAGCCGGGCCUCCGCCGGGCCUCAGCCGCGCAGAAGGAGCAGGACUGAGGCGAGGUGUGACCAGGGCCCAGGUGGGGCUGUAGUAGCACUGACAGCCAGGAUGUUCCUGCGCUUGCUGUCGGAUGUCCGGUGGUGGGCGGCCGACCCCAGAUGGAGGAGAGCGACCUGCUGCUGCCGCAGCGCGUCCAGCGCCGCAGAGCCUCACGCGCUGCCCUUGCCGGCGCAGGCACAGGUUGUCAUCUGUGGUGGUGGAAUCAUGGGCACCUCCGUGGCGUAUCACCUCUCGAAGAUGGGCUGGAAGGAUAUAGUCUUGCUUGAGCAGGGCAGGUUGGCUGCUGGAACCACUCGCUUCUGUGCUGGAAUUGUGAGCACAGCCAGGCACGUGUCCAUAGAGCUGAAGAUGGCAGACUAUUCAAACAAGCUCUACCAGCAGCUGGAAGAAGAGACAGGAGUGAAAACAGGGUACACGAAGACGGGCUCUAUUUCCCUGGCGCAGACGCAGGACCGGCUCAUCUCGCUGAGGCGCAUUGCGUCAGCGCUCAGUGUAAUGGGGAUACCUUGUGAAAUCAUCACCCCCAAGCAAGUGGCACAGCUCCACCCACUGAUCAACAUCCAUGACCUCGUGGGGGCCAUGUAUGUGCCGGAAGAUGCGCUUGUGUCAUCAGCCAACGUGAGCCUGGCACUGGCAACGGCUGCCUCCCAGAACGGUGUGCAGAUCCACGAGCGGACCAGCGUCAGCCACAUCUCGGUGCAGAAGGGCCGCGUGGCCGCCGUCGGCACCGACCGAGGACAGAUCCAGUGUCAGUACUUCGUCAACUGUGCUGGCCAGUGGGCCUAUGAGUUGGGCCACUCUGGGGAGGAACCAGUCAACAUCCCACUCCAUGCCUGUGAACAUUUCUACCUCCUGACACAUCCUUUGAAGGAACCUCUGGCAAGCAACUUACCCACUAUUGUAGACCCGGAUGGCAGGAUCUACAUCCGCAACUGGCAAGGGGGCAUCCUCUCAGGAGGCUUUGAGAAAAACCCCAAACCCCUCUUCACGGAGGGACGGAACCAGCUGGAGAUUCACAACCUUCAAGAAGACUGGGAUCACUUUGAGCCACUUCUGAGUGCCCUCCUGCGCAGGAUGCCGGAUCUGGAGGCUCUGCAGAUCAUGCAGUUGGUGAACUGCCCCGAGUCCUUCACUCCAGACAUGCGGUGCAUCAUGGGCGAGUCGCCCACCGUGCGCGGCUACUUCGUCCUGGCCGGCAUGAACUCAGCCGGUAUCUCAUAUGGUGGGGGAGCAGGCAAGUACCUGGCUGAGUGGAUGGUCAAUGGGUACCCGUCAGAAAACGUCUGGCCUCUGGAUUUGAAACGCUUCGGUGCCCUCCAGAGCAGCCGCACUUUCCUGCGGCACCGCGUGAUGGAAGUGAUGCCCCUCAUGUGUGACCUGAAGGUUCCCCGCUGGGACUUCCAGACGGGCAGGCAGCUGCGUACCUCGCCCUUGUACGACCGGCUGGAUGCACAGGGAGCCAGGUGGAUGGAGAAGCAUGGGUUUGAGAGAGUCAAGUACUUUGUCCCACCUGGGAAAGAUCUGCUGGAUCUGGAUCAGAGCAAAACCUUUUACAAGCCAGACUGGUUUGAUAUUGUGGGUUCUGAAGUCAAGUGCUGUAAGGAGGCAGUUUGUGUCAUUGACAUGUCAUCUUUUACCAAGUUUGAAAUAAGUUCCACAGGAGACCAGGCCCUGGAGAGCCUCCAGUAUCUCUUCUCAAACGACCUGGAUGUGCCAGUGGGGCACGUGGUGCACACGGGCAUGCUCAACGAGAAGGGAGGCUACGAGAACGACUGCAGCAUAGCACGGCUCAGCAAACGCAGCUUCUUCAUGAUUUCCCCUACUGACCAACAAGUCCAUUGCUGGGCCUGGCUGAAGAACCACUUGCCUGAUGACAGCAACCUUACUGUGGAAGAUGUGACCUGGAAGUACACAGCUCUCAACCUCAUCGGCCCCCGUGCUGUGGAUGUCUUGUCAGAGCUGUCAUAUGCCCCUAUGACUCCAGAACACUUUCCCUCUCUCUUUUGCAAGGAGAUGAGCGUGGGCUACGCUAACGGCAUCCGUGUGAUGAGCAUCACGCACACGGGAGAGCCCGGAUUCAUGCUGUAUAUCCCCAUAGAGUAUGCCCUUCAUGUGUACAACGAGGUGAUGAACAUGGGGCAGAAGUACGGGAUUCGGAACGCCGGUUACUACGCCCUCCGCAGCCUGCGCAUUGAGAAGUUCUUUGCCUUCUGGGGUCAGGAUCUGGAUGCUUAUACCACUCCUAUGGAGUGUGGACGCGAGUUCCAGGUCAAACUGGAGAAGGGAACGCAGUUUGUGGGCCAGGAGGCACUGCUGGAACAGAAGCAGCACGGUGUGUACAAGCGCUUCACCAUGUUCAUUCUGGAGGACCACGACACAGACCUGGACCUGUGGCCAUGGUGGGGUGAGCCCAUCUACCGCAACGGCCGCUACGUGGGCAAGACCACCAGCAGCGCCUACAGCUACACGCUGGAGCGCCACGUCUGCCUGGGCUUCGUGCAGCACUUCCACGAGGAGACCGGGCAACGACUGGUGGUGACCACUGACUUCAUCAACCAGGGCGAGUACGAGAUCGACAUCGCCGGGCAGCGCUUCCAGGCCAAAGCCAAGCUCUACCCCUUCAGCUCCCUCUUCGCGCAGCGGCGCCGCAAGGACGAGGUGGAACUGAGCAGCUACCAGAGGGAGUAGUGCUGACCCCACACCAUUCUUCUCCCACCAUCUUCCAGUCCUUUCUCUUCACCCCAUAUAGUUCUUUCUUUUCCUUUCUUGUCUCGUGACUUCUAAACUCUGUUUUUUCCAGCGUGUUACAUUUUGUACGUAUAAGAACUGUAGUUUGGGAGCUCUCCUGCUCCCGCCGUGUCCCUCCCCGUGCCGUGGCGGAUGGCUGCAGUGCUGAGCGUGCACCCAGAGGCCCGUGGGAAGCUGCCUGUGAGCAAAACCCACCUGGGAGCCCAGCCCUACCGUAAUGGGCAGGGUUUGGGUAAGCUCUGAGGACUUGCUUCCUUCCUGCCCUCUCCAGGUAGGGCCUGGGACAGCGGGUGUUGGUAGUUGGUGGCUGCGGUGACUUCGCCCUGCUCUCCACGUACCACCUUGCAGAGGGGUGGGUGCAUUGAUGCACGCAGCAAUAGGACAAUCAGCUACCUCACUGGCACGAGACAGAGUUGUGUGAGCAGCAGCCAAGAGGCAGGUUGUGGUGUGGCAAAGCUUGGUGCUGCCCCACUUUCUUGUUUUGCUGGGAUCUUUCCCCUAACAAGGAGUCAAGUAAGAUUCAAUUGUCAGAUCAUUGAGGUGACAAUAGCACUGGUAAGUCUGUUGCUGGGGUUGGAUUUUCAGCAUGGGGUCACUGAAACUAAAUGGCCUAUAAGUGGAACAAUGAACACUGGUGUUUCACUGGUAGAAAGAAACGAGGUUUGGGGUGUUAUUGGCAAAAAUACUGACUUUACAAGGACAGAUGUUAGUGUUUAAUGUUAAUGGCAGUGUUGAAAUGCUUCUGUUUCAGCCCCACAGUGUACAUCUCUUUAGGGGUUUCCUUUGUUUAUGUGACUUGGGCAAGCUUGAAAUGAAACUUGUGUUGGUUUGAGGAGCUUGAGCAGCAGGAGGAGACAACACCUUGUGCUUCUAGCUGCCCCUGGUGACAUCUGAAAAAGAAACAGCAUUUCUCUCACCUUUUGGUGCUGGCAGUAUUGCAAGAAACACUGGGGUUUCUUCUGCUGGUGAGGAAACGUCUCAGCGACUCCAGCUGUUUUCCCCCUCCUAUCUAUUGCACUUCUUACUUCUCUCUCUUGUUAGUUCCUCAGCUGAAGGGAUUGAAUAGAGAGAGUGAAGGGAGUCAGCAGAGCUGUUUGCAUCGUGCUCCUCAUACAGAUGCUUCAGACAAUGCCUCUGGGAUUCAGCCCUUCAAGUGUCAGCAUGUGCUGAUUCCAACACUGAUGGCAGAUGCUGAAUUAUGUUGCACACCUUUAGAACUUCUUUUUCUUCUUCUCAUUGUGAGCACAAUCGAAAGCAAAGGUUCUCUUUAUGCACUUGGAAAAGAUCUGUUAAAUGUUUUCCCUGCCUCUGCCACCCGUGUGCUCAUCGUGGUCUUUCUGCUCCAGCCUCUUUCUGUCUGGAGUUCGAAUGCAACCUUGCACUGAUGUCUGCCCUGUGAGCCCUGAUGAACUCUUCUUUUUUGAUGUAGAACCCUUUUUGGGCACUUUAUUUCCCAGUUAAGUGGUGAGCCUCAGCAGUGUCGAUGUGAGCUCAUAACCUUGUCAUGUUCUUGCUUAGGUUUGCUUCUCUCUGCUGUAGUUGUGUCAGGUCGUGCCUUGGGUUGACUCUUUGGUCUACCAGUUUAUGGCCCAGGUGUUCUCAGCGUGCAAAAGGGAGUUGGGUGGCCCUAAGGCAGCAAAGGUGAAAGUCCAAAACCUUUCAAGCAGUUUGUCAGAGCAAGCUCCACCUUUCAGUGUGAUAUGGAAGAUGUGAAAGAGUCACAGGGUGUGAGAGAAUGAAGGCUUUCAACGUGUGGUGAAGCAGAUAUCCCUUCCUUAAGUGUGCUCUCCUUUGUGAGGGGGAAAUUCCUUUCUGGUGUCUGACCUCUUUGAGGGUCUCAAACUUACAUGGAUGUGCAAAGAUUGCCCAUUCUCUGAAGUGUAGUGACUGCAGCAGGGCAGCUCUUUGCAAUGUCACAGCUGAGGUGACCCUGCUUGGCUGCUGAAGACAGAGAUUGUAAUUUAUCCCAAGUUCCCCCAUUAUUGCUCUCUGGAUUGCAGUUUUGCCUGGUGUCUCAGGAUUAAUUGCUUGAGUGAAAGGUUCAUAGGGCAUCUAAUAACAGUUUAAAAUCCACUCUCCUCUGGCCUGUCUUUCCCAUACAGAGGGUACCGUGAUCCCAGUGCUGCUGUGCUGGAGGUCUGUGCUGAGGAGCAGCUCUGCUUUGCCAGCCUGUCACCUGGGAGCAGCGCUCCACCUCACUCACAAGCACUUUGACCCAUCCACUUGUCCCUCCCUUCGUGUUAUGGGGUGUUGCUGUGCCUGACAGAUCCAAGGACACAAGUCCAAGGAGAGAGUGUUGCAUGUGACACUUGGGCCAGCCCUUCUGAGGAGAGGUUAAUGCCCAUUUGUUGUGGCUGGUGAGACAACAACAGGAGAAAACAGAGCUAAAACUGCAGCUCCUGAAGAGAUCUUCACUCCAGCCCUUCUCUUUUCUCUGCAGGGUCAGAGUAAUGAAGACCAACUGGAAAGUUGGCAAUGUGCUGUCCUCUCCCAACCACUUGUUCCUGAAGCACCUUUUACGUUACAGCCAGGUUAUAUUCCUCCCUGUGACUAGUUUUUUCCCUAAUUUAUAGGUGCCUGUGAGUUCCUCAGACAACUUUUGGUACAGGUGUCUCUUCCCACAGCACUUCCCACAUUGCAGUUUAUGAGCUACCUUUGUGUGGCUGUGUCUGCCUCAGUUUAUUUUAUGUCUAAAUUUAUUGACUUUUCAAUAGCAAGAGAAGGGGAAAUAAUUUUCCAUCAUGCCAGUAGACACAGCAGCACUUUCUGCAAGGUUGUCAGAGAUGGGUGGUUUGAUAGGUGUCAUCUUGCAGCUCAUUAACACCUACUCUGGCUUUCCCCACUCUGAAUUCUGAUGCUUGAUGUGUAUCUAAACCUGUAGGCUUUAGACUGCUGUUGAAGCUUAGUCUAUUUGAUUUCUGGCAGCUAUUUUUAACCUUAUAAUGUUCAAGAAUAGUUUGCUUCCAGCAAGUUGAACACCCAUCAAUGGGGGGUGGUUGGAUAGCACCUUUGAAAACAGGACUGGGUACUGGGACUGGAAAAGGUCCUUCUGGUGUUGAGGUUUCUUCCAGAGGUAUUAAACAGUGAUGUAAGGCUCUAAUCCCUUUAUGUGAUGACUACAAGUAGAAUGCCUAAAAAAAGAAUGACAAAAUCAGUUGUAACCUUCAGUACACCUUCAAAUGAGAGAAUGGGAAAUGGGAUCAGGGAAGCUACUGUGGCACAGCCCUGUCAGAGGGGCCAAAGGAUGUGGGCUGCAAAAUUACCCACCAUGAUUCUCACUCAAAGCUGCUUUAAAAUGCUGUGUGCUGAGAGAGGCAGCUUGGUCUCCUCCUGUGUGGUGAGACUGCAAAGCUUGGCUGGGAAACACUGAGGCAGCCUCCCCUUCCUGUGCAGCACCAGGGGAACCAGCCCCGUCCUGCUGCUGCUCCGUGGGAGCAGCAGAGCCAUGAGCAGCUCCCUGGGCCUGGCACUCCAGGGAGGAACAGCCCUGGCCAUCCUGUUCAUACAGCCCCUGCACAACAAGCUGGCUGCCAGUAAUAUCAUCAUUGGGGGUAAGAAGGUUAAAGGCUGAGCAUAACGUUGUAGGAUGGACUUAGGCAGCGAGUCCACAGGCUUGUGCAGUUCACGUGUGCCAGGGCUGUCUGCAGCACAGGGCGCUGCAGUGGAGGUGGCACACACUGGGCAGCCUUGGCAGGGAUUUUCCAGGGGUGUGACACUGAAUGACUCUUGCUGCAUCCUUUCCUCAGUUCUCAUGUUUUGUUGAGUGAGUGCAGAUAGGCUUGAGUAGAAAGGCUAUUGGAGAGGGGAAGGGCUUUAUUGUUUAAUGAUCUGGGCACAGAAUUAAAGCUCUUAGGAGUGAUGUUUUCUAUUUCAGGAGAGCAUGUUGCAGUGGGUUUUCAUAUCUGUCUUUGCCAGACUUGGUUUCUUCUUGUUUUCUCUCUCCAUUUCUUCUGCUGACUCCAGUGUCCAAAUUUGAUCUGUGUUGUUGGACGGUUUCUUCUUAAUACCUUGUGGCAAGGAGGGGGGGCUCUGUGAGACUUCCACUGCGUCUCCAGGUCCUGGCAUGAACCUGGAUUCCUCCUUUCUGCUGUUGCAUUUGAGCUGCUGGCAAUGCUGUUGCUGUUCUGCAACACCUCCAGCUCCAGCCCGUGCUGCUGUAGGACCUCUUGUGCGUGAGGUUCUUCAUUCUAUUUGGUGCUUCAUCGGCUGAGCUGGGUUGGCUCUGGGUCAGUCUCUCUGCAGUGGUUCAGGCUCUUCAGCUUUUAGAUAGUGCAGAUACCAACAUCCACCCUCCCAGGCAGGUCUGUGGCCGCUGUAUAUUCCAUCAUUUCACCCUCUCCUCCCCAUGCCAGGGUUUUCCCACCCUCCUUAACACUCAUCUCCCUCUUACCUCUCUUUGACAAGUGGUGUCUGACUGCAAAGGUACAGCACCAACCUCACUAGCCAUCUGCUUCCAGGGGCCUUUAACCAAAAUGGUCACAAGUGGGGAGGAAACCUGUAAACUCAAGGUAGUUUCCAUGUUUGCCAAGGGGGGAAGGUGCUUGCAAGGGCAGAAGUCAUUCCUCUUUAAACUAGAACAACUUCACUGCUGCUGAUGUCCAAGCAAAGUGUUCACAGCCCUCUGGUUUGUCUUCCCUUUCCAUUUGUCUUCCUAAAUCAUUUCAUUACAACUCUUGGUUCAGGUUUAUCUCUGCCCAUCCCAGGAUGCUUUUCUGUGUUAAACUACCUUUUCCUUAGCUGAUCCCUUCCACUUUUAUAUGUGAAAAAGCAUUCAGUCACGGAGCAGGGCUUGGGGGAGGAGGGGUUCAUGCCAUCAGAUGCCUCCAGACUGUCUCUCAAAAUCAUUUCAAGUUUUUCUUUGCACUUUAAACUUUGGGUUGGCAUUGGGUUUGGAGUGUGUGUAGAGCCCUCACUCAGUGAGAGCAUCUGAGAGAGGAAAAGUAACCUGGAAAUGUUUGGGAAUGCCUUAAAGUGUUGGGGGAGGUGUUUAAACCCUGCUUCUGCCUGCUGGCUGGUUUUCUUGCUGAGUGCACAGCACAGGCAGGAACAUGGGCAGGGGGUUUUGGGGAAGCACUGGGCUUGGCUGUGGGCUGGGCUCAGCUGGGUGAGCCUGCCAGCCCUGGUCCAGCAUGGCUGGCUCUGCUGACACCUCCCCGUUUAUUUUCCCCCAGAAAUGGAUUUAUCCACCCUCUCACUCGUGCUAUUACAGGUUUUCUUCUUUCUUCAAAGCAGCAAACCUGGGCUGCUAUAGGGUGUUCUGUGAGUGUCCUGUUGUGUUGAAGGAAACAAAAUGCUCUGCUCCAACACUUCCCUGCAGCACCAGCUGUCGGCAGGAGGGGGGAGGAGUGGGGAGCACAGGGGCUCUGCUGCUGCUGGUACUGCUGUUGAGAUGACUCUGGGGGUCCUCACCUCCCAUUGCUCCCAACGGGAGCCCCGGUGUCAGGCGGCUCCUGUGUCAGCACAGAGCCCCACGGUAUUGCCUGUGGGGAACAGGGUACCUGUGUGGAGAGGAGUGGUAGAUGUCGGGGAAAGAGGCACUGAGGAAAGGUCUUCACAUUAAUUUACUCAUCUGUCAGCAUGGCUAACAGCUCAUCUUCUCCCAAAGAUGCCUGGUGGCUGCCCUGAGCCUGGGAGCCCUCAGCCCUGGCGGCUGGCCCUGAUCCGCUUUGUGCUGUUGCCUCUCACCGUGGCACCUCUGGGAGUUCCAGACUUUUCUGGUAGAGGAGCAGGUUUCACAUACCCCCAUUUUCCAGUAGAACUAGAGGCAGAUGAAUGUCCCUGAGGUCCUGGAUGGCUUCUGCUGUGGGAUAUGUCCCUGCCCAUACCAUUGCAGCAGAGGAAGGCUCAGGCCUGUGCCGCCCCCGCGGUGCUUCCCAGACCAUCUGCGCACUGGUAACGCUUCUGCAUCUUCAGGAAGAAGGUGGGGAAACCUCUUUUUGGCCCAGAUCUGCCCCUUGCUGCUCCUGAGAGGCCGUGCUUGCUUCCUGGCACUUCCUGCCCCGUCCCCAGCUGUGUGCCCGGCAGCUCUGUGGGACAAGGGCUCCCACAUCUCAGCCGUGUACCCAGCACAGGUCACUGCGCAGACACUUCACCCUGUGAACAUCACCAUGGCUCUGCCAUUGCUCCUCACUACUGGGUGCACCAGUCUGUUGCUCCAGAGCUUCUUUGUGCUUUCCUGAGUCUCCUCAGACCAGACUUUCAAGGGCUGGAGGGGCUUCUGAAGUGUGCUACUGCCACAGUUUUAAGAACAAAUGAAGUUUGAGCCUGAGAAAACAUUUUUCUAGUGCCUUACGCUUGUGAAUGUCACGGGAUGGGUAGAGCUGGGGUGGGACAGAGCCAGGAGCACCUUCAACAGCGUGGCUGCCAUCCACUCUGCCAUCUCCCUGUUCCCCUUGUGGGGCCAGGGCAAGCAGAGGCCAACAGACCAGCUCUAGCAGCGUGGGGAUGACGCUGCCGUUGAUCAUUUUUGAGCUCUGGGGUCAUAGGAACUGUGAGACCUGUUGCCAGGGUGAUCUGCCUUUGAGAGGAGCAGCGGCCUCAACUCUGCUGGAUGUGGAUUCAAAGGGAAAGAUGAAGCUGCUGUGGCUGCUGGCCCCUGUGGUGGGGCAGCUGGACAGUCGUUCCCAAGCGCACAAGUCAGGGUGAGUUUGCUGCUCUCCGCUGAGGCCACGGCGUUGCAUCUGCUGUAUUUAUACCGUGCUUUACUUCAUUUAAUACUUUGGUUGGCUGCAACGUUGCUGGGUUUGUAUAUUAAUAAAGAGGCAUU